UCUAUUGUAAGGUCAGCUCCCACUGCCGCUGACUGCCGUGACCCUGAAACAAUUCGUAACGAUUAUUACGCACGCGUACACCGUUUGGGUUUUGUCCGUUCUGUCCAGGCUGAUGCUCAGUGGUGAUUGAAAGGAGCGUUGAAAGUGAGUUUAGGUGGGAUUUGAACUUGAUUCGUGAGCUCGCCUGAUCGUUGAGUUCGAAUGUUACGCUGUUUCGACAGGUGUCAUUUACUUCAUCAGAACGUAAGACUUCUGAAUCACAAUGGAAACUGUAGGUGGUAUUCCAGUUGAAUGUUUGACUGGUGAAUUGGUAGGAGUGUGGUCCGGCUGGCGCACACUUGGCGAUCGUGAGGUGGUCAGGGAAGCUGCAGCUAAAGGAACCCAUAUAAAAUUAUCCCAAAAAUGCUUGGCAUCAAGAAGGCACUGUUCGCUCAAAGAGGCACAAGCUUAUUUUGAGCGCGAAGUCAAUUUGUGGAUAGAUGAGCUGCUCGCCAAACAGCAAGUUUUUAGAGCAACACAUAUCAUCAAAAACAUGGGAAAGGACCCUGCAGAGCGCAUAAAUUCAGUCUGUGUUAACAGCACGGAUCCAAAACUUAGGGACUACUUGUGUCAUCAUCUGCAAAAGAUCGACGGACUAACAGAACGAGAAACUAAGGCAUGGUGGCUCAUAAAAUUAAUGGAUGAAUACGUAGCUGCCUAUUCAAUGGAUAACAAUCCAAUGUCCAACGAGUCCAUUCGAUAUGUAAUCGAUAUGCCAGAUAACUACAAGACUGUCUUGUGCACAGAUCUUUAUUUCUGUACAUUUGACGCUGAAAUAUCUAGGAAUAUAUCCGCUCCAGUAGCUUGGGACUAUUUAUUGAUGACGAAUAAACUUAACAUUCUCUCGGUAUGGAUCAAUAUCAACUACAACAGUCCUUUAGAACCUGUUCCUCUUUACCUGCUAGACAAACACAUUGUCGAUAAUCUCCAAAGAGUCCUGAGUGAUUUGAAGAUUACGCAAAGUAUGGUGGAUUCUGUUCAUGAAGCAGAUGCUGCUGAUGUCAUCAAAGAAUUGGUCCUGGAUCGGCUGGCUAGGCGAGCUGUUUUCACCUCCAAAGAAUCAAUUGGCGUGAAACCAGUAUUGAACAGAUUGUUGAACAAUGGAAUUGUGCCUUCUAAAUUUGAGGAGAUUCUCAAACAGAAUAAUUCAACCAUCAACCCCAAAAAUUUCCUUCCCAAGCUAAAUAUUGGACUAUAUUCAAAUUCUUACCUAGAAAAUAGUGUGAUGCAGGAAGUUGACGAGAAUAACAGAAAGCUUUACUCUGCACUAGAAUACAUGGCACAGAACUCGGCGACUGUUGCAGUAUAUGAGAGCUGUGUUUUAUCAAAUGUUGAUUGUGCAACCAUUGAUGAUUACUGGGAUAAGAAUCCACUGGUCCUUUUAAAUUUGAUAUUUUCCCAAUGUAAUGUUGAGCAGAUUUCAAUACACAAUACCGAUUCGUUUACAAUGAUGGACCGCUGGUUACUCUCAGGAAUUUUGAACAAUGACAGAAGCUUUUCUGUUAGCUCUCUAGAAAUAUCUAAAAUAACGCUUAAGCGUGUUGUUCGGAAUUUUCCGCAUCUGGGAAAUGCUCUGUGGGGAAAUAUUCACCCGCAAGAGAUGAGUAUGUAUGAUCUACUGGAUGGUUAUGAGAAUUUCAACGUCCCACAAGGAUUUGCAUGGCGACAUAAAGACCGUGAAAUGCCGACAUGCUGUACAGAGUAUCUUAUAAAAAAAUACGGUCACAAAGAGAAGCUGACUUACAUCAACUAUCUUAGGCAGGGGAGACCCAACAUGGCUACCAGAAUCCUGCUACAUGACCUAAAAAAAUUUCACCAAAAUAUAUCAUUAAAAAUGAAAUGUCAAGCUUCUACCAGGGCCCAUGCUCUUGCGCUGAGGAACGCAGACCUCCCAGAAGUCACUUCAGCUUGUGUUUCUUUUAUUGAAAUCAUCGGCGUUGACUCGGAAAAUUUGCGAUUGCAUCUCACCAUUACUCAACGGAUACGUGAAGGACUUGGUACGUCGGUUGGCAAACAACUGGAAGCAAUACUUUUCAACGACACAUCAAAUUUGAAUGUUCUAACACUGCAAUUGGAGCAGUGUUUCAAACAGCAUUUGAUCGAAUUUCUUGACAAAAACACCGAACAGUUGAUAGAGGCAAUUAGAGACUGGGAUGUGAUUGUAAGGUUCGCUCAGGCCCAUAAUAGUCCACUUCCAAAUUUCUUCCUUCGGUACUUAGCUAGCAGAGAUCUAUGGUUUCAAUUUCUCCUUGUUGGGCAGAUAUUUAUAUACCCUGUAGUACAGCCUUCAAGUUUUUUUCGACAGAUGAUCAGUUUGGCUAGAAAAUUUGCAAACCCUGAUCUCCGUGAUCAUCUACUGGCUUGCCUAAGUAGUUUGGAGCUACCGACGAUUCACACGACUGAUGGAGAAUCGAGAAGCCAUGACUUGAGCCAAUCACUGUAUCCCAAAAUUGCAUCAAAGGAGAAUGAAUCUCGCAAUGGAGAUCUCAAAACAUCGAGGUGCUCUAAUGAUAUAAAGAACAAUUAUUCAUCUAACAAUGACCUUUGGAUGACUAUCUUAAAUUGCCACAACAGCCAAGACCCGCCUGGAUCGCUGCUACGUGCCGCAAGCUUCCACAGGUCACCGUUUCUCAUUGUUUUGGCCACUUGCUAUGAGCCGUCAUCUGUUGCCGCUUACUGGUGUUCGUGGACGGUGAUAGCAACUAACGAUACCGCGAUCAUCUCUGACUACCAAGACUGCCUAGAAUGCCAAGUCUGGACCGCAGAUAGAGUGUUGCAACUAUUGAAACGAUUAGUUUUGUCAGGAUUUAUCAAAACUAUGAGUAGGGGGCUGGAAAUUUUUAUGCCGGAAAAUCCCUUGCAGCUCUUUGCUCACUUUUUAAUGCAUUCUGUUGACCUUGGAGAUUUCGAAUCUGGAAAAAAAUCUUUAAAGGCCUUCAAAAGUGCAUGUUCGACUUUGGUCUGCAAUGCCAAGAUCAAUUGGAUGGAUUGCGAUUCGUCGUAUUUGAAGAACUCGUACUGGAUUGUUUUUGCAGCUGCUAGAUGUGCGGUUGUUGCUCUUGCCCAUCGUUUUUCCAAUACUAUCUUGCGAAUAGAGUUCCUGGAUUCUCUCUGCUCGUGUCAUUUUGCCGAUGAACUACCAGAAGCUUCAGACUUCCAACGUCUCUUGAAAGUCAUGGAAAUCCUUGUUGAGACAGACGUCACGCUUAACUUGGGCCAAUUUUCCGAUUCCGAAUGCUCGGAUGUGAUCGACGAUGAGCUGAAGAAAUGUCUAGCCAAAUUGGCGGAGAGUGAGAAUUAUAAGGCUGCGCUACAAUUGUGUGAAGCUGUGAAGUUUGAUUGUUCUGAGAUAAUUACAGCUCAGUGGCAUAAAAACUUUGCUAAUAGCCGUGACGUAAGCGGGAUGUCGGCAAGCAGCCUUUGGAAAAGCUGUGCCGAUGAUUUUUACAAAUAUCAUGUCAAACAUGAUGUUGCGGCUAGUUUUUAUGUCGAGCAUGCUGAGAAAGUCGCCUCGCACAGGGAAAGGUUCGAAAUACUGAGGCUAGCACUCGAGACCUUACAAGAAACUAAUACAAAUCGGAAAAUUAUAGACAGCAUAGAAAUGGCAAUGUGGAAAUCCUGCUUUUUAGCUGGCUCUGAAAACGUGUACAUCAAUGAUACACCUGUAGCUUUUAACAAACUGAAAACCGAACUGAUGUCUGGCUUAGUAGAUCUUCAAGUACGAUGUGAACUCAACGAUCCUUAUGAGAAAUUAGCUGUGGAGAAACUUAUCGAUCGAUUCAUUGACGUCGGAAAUCUUCAAACUGCACUCAGGAUCGCAACCAUCUUCAACCACAAACACAGGGACUUACAAAUCUUGAUGCUAUGUCUCAGUCUUGCGGAAGAAGAAAUCAGUCCUUACCAGUUAACAACCCAGCAACGGAUGCUAUUUUCGACAAAAUCACGAUUGAAGAAUCAGUGGCAGGUCCCCUACAGACGCAAAGGAUUGCCUAAGUCGUGUUCGUUAACUUCACUUCAAAAUAUUUCUGAUGAAGCAUCCCAGUUUGCCACUGAGACCGCAGAUUCCGUUUUAAUCGAGCAGAUCAAACUUGACUGCAUUGUGCAACUGCAAAAGUUGACCGAGAUUCUAACACACGGAGUGACCGUUGGCCGGAAGGUACUUCUUUGCUACAGGCUCUCCGUUUAUCUCUGUAAGAGUUAUCAAACUCUGUUGACACUCGAUGAUCCGAUUGCAUUCCUUGAAGAGAUAGUCGCCGCCAAAUACGAUUAUAAACUGGAAGUGGUUAAAGAUGUUGUCGCUGCUUAUUCAGUCAACAAUAGACAGCUCGCCGAUUUUCUUUCUGAUAAAAUUAUCACGACAAUCACUAGGCACACAGAGCGGGAACACCCUGACCAGCCAAUGACCAUGUGGGGUUACGCGUUGGAUGGGAGUUUUCACAUAGUAACAGAAAUAUGUGGCGAACCAUCUUUACUAGGAUCCAAGCUGCUCGAGGCAACUAUGAGACUACUCGGACGUUCCCAUGGGGAGAAUCGCGAUGUGACCACUCUCAGAGUAAUCGUUGAGCUCCUGAUAAAAUCACAUGAUUGCUUCACCGCUGCUUGCAAUAUGGAAGGCAUCUCGUUGAUCCUCAGAAAGUCUCAGCAGCUGGCUAAUUCUCUGCAGAAUUUAAAGGAGUGGGGAUUGCUCGUACGACUUCUGACCGGUGUUGGCAGAUUCACAGAAAUGAACUAUAUUUUGCAGAUACUUAAGGAGAAUCAGCAGUUUGAAUUUUUACUGAAAGGCAAAGGACUCGAAAAAAUUCCAGGACUGAAAACUGCGCUCCUUGACUUCCUCAAGGGAAACUCGACUGAGACAAAGGAGCUUUUCAAUAUGGUUACCAAUCACUUCCUACUCUACACAGAAAUUGCCCUCACCUGGGAGCAUGAAGCCAAAGAAGCUAUCAAUAAGUUGUUUGCCGAAGCAAAAGCUGAAUGCAAAAAUCAGGGAAACAUGAACAUAGCGGAUAUAAGGCUGACUAAGAAUGUUGAGAAUGAAAAGCGUCUGCAUCUCGCAAUGGUUAACUACACCCACGCUACGGAACAUUAUCUCCGGGACAACAAGCUGACUCUCGCGUACCAAUGUUGCCACCGUGCAGAAUUGGUGGCACUGCAAAUAUCAUUUUUUCAAUCCGUGAACCAUAAUCAGCAGGUUCCCUGUGUCCUUGACCUAAGUAGUGCUGAAAUCGACAGACUCAUUUCAAAUGACUUGAGUUUUUCCCAGGCCAAUAUUCUUGUACGAGCUUACAAUCAUCCUGUUGACUGGGGAAUCGUGAUAUACAAUCAUUGUGUGCUCCGGUGCGACACCAAGUACCUGAAAGAUUUUUCAACUACCAAUGAACUAACCGUUACUAUUGUUAGGGAUUCUGCAAGAAGGUACCAGGCAGAAAAAAAAAUCACCAAACAAAUGGCAGAGGCCAUGCAACUGUUAAUAUCAUUGUUGAAGGACGUCGAGUGUAAAUAUACUCUGGCAAGUCAGUUAGGGUUUAAAAAUGUGAUCGAAACGAUCCUGGCAAACCCUUUGGUCAGCGCUUAUCUAAAAGAUACAGUUUGGAGAAAGGGAUACACAAGCACCACCUUUGACUAGAUCCGUAUCACGAGUUAAGCAUAAUGAAACAUAACUUGUUCACUGGCUUCUACCAAACCUUUACCGAAGUGAACCUGCUGAAUCGUUGUAGUCGGUUUUAUUGUUGUGUCCUAUGGUGUAUAUCCUAAUCUCUGCAGAUCAAUUAAUAAUACCCAUAAUCUGUAAGUAUACUUAUGAGUAAACGUACAUCUUGUUAUACAAAAAAAAAAAAAAGCCACAACCAAAAUCAAGAUUGGACGGUGUAUUUGAACCCUAUAAUUACCCUGAGAGGCAUAAUGUGAAGUUACAGAACCAUUCCAAGUAGGACGAUUAUGAUCGUAAGUCAAUUAAUCAGGGUAAUCAUUGGAUACGGUAGAAUCUUGGUGCCUAAAUCUGUCUAAGGGUUGUGAUGUAUGAUAAAUGCAACUAUGAAAUAUUCGUAGGCAACUACUUCGUUAAAUUUGUCGAAGACUGGGAACCCAGACAAGAGUAGUGAAGCUUCCAUGACGUUGAUAUACUCUGGGUUAUCCUUCUUACAAGCUUUGACGGUUGAAAUAGUCUGCAUAAUGAUUUGAGAAUGGUAGAUUGUGCUGCAUGGAACACCAGGAACACUCGCGAUUCCACAAUCGCACUCGCAAUGAGAUCGAAUUACAUGCAACUAGCGUGAUAAACCCUUCAGAAAAAAUCCGUUGUGAGAAAACAUGCAUUUUUCUAUUUAAUAAAUCCAUGUAAUAUUCUCAA